AUGACUGCACGACUCCUUCGGGAAGGAGAAGGUCACACCGACGCACAAUCGUUUGACUUUUCGAGGGGCUUCAUUCGAGAGCUGCGCAUCCACAUUCCAUGGACACAGAUCCUGUCGCAGCCCAUCGAGAUCAAGCUGUACACGGUAGAGUUGAUCCUCAGAUACAUAGUUCUAAUGCGCUAUAUCUACUCUACGUCGUUUCGCCACUCGCCGCCUGAACAUUUGGCCACCAUAGCCACUACGCGACAACAAUUUUCUGCGCUCCGCUGUCAUAGAGCUGAAAAUGGACAAUGAAUUUUAGGACGCAUCAU